GUCAGGAAGUAGAAUUUUAUUUUCGUGUUGUGUUCGUAAUCUCGAAAAAGGCCCCCAGAAGUAACAAAAAACAACAACUUUUGCGUUAAAAUAGGAACCUAAUUCAUCUGAAAAUGUCCGCUGGUCCCGAGUCUACACAUAUAUCAUCGCUGGGGAAGGCUGACAGCUUGCAUCAACGCGUUCUCGCCUCCUUCCCUCUGUGUGACAUUACAGAGGAGGAUCUGACCCAGAACCCUCAGCUCUGUAAACUCCUGGCCACCCUGGCACAACAUGUGGACCAAACUGGACUCGCUGUCCCACUGAAGACAGAGCUGGACAAGGCGGAGCAGAAGCUGCAGAGCCAGAGGCGUCAAUGGCUGCGCUCCGAGAGUCUCCACAAAGGGCUGCAGGAGAUGAUUCAGGACCACUGUAUCAGGAAGCACCGUGCCACUGUACCCCCUGACCAGAACAUGUUCUAUGAGACGAUGGAGAAGUCUCUGCUCGUGUCUCAGUGUAUCAGACAGCUGGAUCCCAGUAGCACUACCAACCAGGACCAGCCCUCUAUUCUGGGUUUGAACCCUCAACAGGUGAUGGAACUCAUGCCAUCAGAGAAGAAUGUUCAAAGAAUGAAACAGGGUCUUCCCAGAGAGCUGGAGAAACAUCUGAAGAAAAAGUGUUUGAGUCUGCUCUCUUACUAUCAACCUGAAUGUGAGAGUGAGAGUGAGGGUCUGAAGAACAGCAAGUUGUCUCAUCUGUCAACCCAGCUGGACAAAGAGAAGAAGAGAGCGGAGGGUCUGAAGGAGACCUGCCGGGAAACCGCAGUUCUCCUGCAAAGACAGACUCAACUCUACCUCUCUGAGCUGAUUAAGUGUAUUCAACUUCUUCAGUCUCUCAUCCUGGACCACAGACUGAGGAUUCAGACAGAUUUGGACCGGAAGAAGUUAGACUACUUUGAGGGAAAAUGUGAAUUAGUCUUACAGAAGAUCAAGACUGAAAUGGUGGAAAUUCAGCUGGACACAUACACAGUGGACUCUAUUUCUGCUCAUAGAAAAAUAAGAGAGAAGCUGGACUCUGAGCUGAAAGCGUGUCAGGUGGAGAAGCAGUCUGUUGAGUUAAAACUGGCCUCCUUUGAGAUCUUGGGCAAAGAGUUUGAAGCCCUGGCUGAGGAGUACUGCAGGUUACGGCAGGAGAUAGAAAUGAAAAACUGGGCUCUGAAGGAGUUCGCCCAGUACAAUGCCAAGUGAAGAUCAAAUCUGAUGCCGGAACAACAGCCAGCCAUUCCCUUUGUGUGUGUCUUUGCUCACAAUGACAUGGUGGCUUUCGGAUGCUUGACACAGAAACUGUGGACAUUUGGCCUACAGGAAAUAUGUCGCAGGUACAGUAGUGAGUGGGCUAACUGCAGGCUCCCACUGGAGCCCCCUAACUUAAGAAUGUUUUUCAGUUAACUUCAGUGAAUUCAGUCAAGCCCCUUCAGUGUAUCACCAUGGUAAUUCUGUGUAAAAACGUGUUUCCUGGUUAGCAGAGACAGCAGUGGAGCAUCUGUGCAGUGACUUAAUUUAAUAUCACCUGAAAUAACAGUGUAAAGGAAUAUUUUUGCAAAAGUUAAAUUGUCGUUGCAGACCUUUGUCCAGAUAUCAGUACACAGUAAAAUGUGCCAGAAGUUGACUGAAGAUUCCUAUGGAAAUAAACUAAAAUAA